GAGAGAGAGAGAGAGAGAGAGAGAGAGAGAGAGAGAGAGACUUGCCAAGAGAUAAAAGAGUAAUUUGUGAAGUAUAAAGUUCUGAAGGAAAAGUCAAGAAGGAAACUAGUUAAUAACGUGAAGGAUGAAGAGAUGAGGGCCCUGCGCUUCAUGGCCAGCAAAAAAAGGUCGAGUGUUCAGACAUUUUUUACACCAAAGGAAGACUUGCCAAGAGACCCAAAGAGUGUUUACAUGAAAAAAGACAUCUGAGUGCCGCUGCCUAACAAGAAGACACAGAGAAACUUUCCCCUUUCGAAAAAGAAAAAAAGGAAGGCCAAUCUGCGCAAUAUUUUGUGCGCCCUGCUAGUCCUGUCGAGCAAAAAUUGAAGAUUACAGCGGCAGGCCAGGCGGGAGCAGCAGGCAGAAGGCAGCAGGCGAGGUGUGCAGGCCGCGUGGAGGUCACGAUCCCUGCUACGUGAGUGUUGAUAUUACGCGGCGCGCCCCGAUGUCUGACACUGUGAGCCGGUGGGUGUGAGUGUACCCCGCUGUGCUGUGGUGCUGUGCCUCGACAUGGUGGUGCAUUGUGUGGUGCUGUGCUGUAGCGUGCUGGUGCAGUGCUGUGUGUGGCUUCAUUGAGGCAGUAUAGUGUGGUGUGCUGAGACAGUGCGGUGGUGUUGCGGCAAUACUCGCUAUUGUCGGGUGAAUGAUACGAUGUGGCGCAUCUAGACACAGUGAGGCGGUGAUUGGUGCGGUGCGGCGUGGUAAUGAUCUUCCCCUGAGCCCCAGGGAAGUGGUAGCACCAGAGGAGUGGGCGAGGUGGCGGCAAGAUGGAGAUGCUCCCUCAGGCAACCGCCACGGAGUUGUCAGGCAAUCCAGCAGGCGGUACGCUGCCCCACCACGAGUGUGUUGGACCUGAGGCAGACCAAGACACUUCCCUGGAGACACUGCAGAGCAUCACGACAGAGGAUGAGAUGAAAGAAUGCAGUACAGAGAAAGGAGGAGAGGAGGCCGAGCCCGAAAGUUUUGGUCACUCGACACUGGCCCUAGAAAUCAGCCUCAACUCUUCUGGCCUCGAGGAAGCGCCCGCCGGCAUUCACCGAAAGAAAGGUUUUGCCUUCAACUGUGAACACGUGAACUUUCCCUUGUGCGAGUGUGUGGCCAGAGCCGCCAACCCGCGCCCUAAUCAUGGCCGCCUUGGGCGCAGGCCGGGCCGCCGGAGUCACCGAGGGCCCACACUGGCCACCCUGCGGGACAUCGGCCUCGAGGUAUUUGACGAAACCGAGGAAUCAGAUUUCCAAGAAUCGGAGACGGAGACAGAAAACCUCUUGGCCGAUACCACUGACGCAGAAUCCGAUUACACAGCAGGACUGGAAUCUGACGUGGAGGGUGCUGUGGGUGGCGAUGAUCCCAACCAGCUGGCGCCACCGAGCACCACUGGUCAGCGACGCGCCUCCAUUGUGACCGCCGACAGUCGCCGGGACGACAUCUCGCCCUCACCGGAGCCUAUCAAGGUGGCGGUCUUCGGCACGGAUGGGGUCGGCAAGUCUGCCCUCAUCGUGCGGCUGCUAACGGGCCGCUUCAUCGGGGAGUACGACCCCACGCUGGAGGCGGUGUACAGCUACCAGAUCCCCCUGCCCGGCCACACCCUGCCGCUCCAGGUCAUGGACACCGCCGGCCACGUGGAGGUGGUGGAGGUCGGGAGGGAGCGGCAGGUGUCGUGGGGCGAGGGCUUCAUGCUGGUGUUUUCCCUCACAUCCCACGAUUCCUUCACCUCCCUAAACCACCUGCGCCGCGUGAUCCUGGAGCUGACCCCCGGCUCCCCGCGGCCCAUGGUGCUGGUGGGCAACAAGGCAGACCUGGUCCACGCCCGGGAGGUGAGCGACGAAGAGAUCCGCGACCUGGCCAACACGUGGGGCUGCGACUACUUCGAGGUGGCGGCCCCUGAACCCUGGCAGGUGGUGGUGCGCCCCUUCGCCGCCAUCUACCAGGCCGUCCUUAACGGCCGCGCCUCCCACUGAUAGCUGGCGCUUAGAAGUAUCCGAGAAACGAAAAUCCUGCACUGCGAGAUGAGUCGGUCAUCUCAAGAGGCAGAUAAUGGAGAAGCCCCACUCGGUGCUCUCGCUAAUCUCGUGAUAAUGAGGGAUGAUGGGUCCCAGCGGCGCGAGUCUGAUUAACUCGUUUCCUUCCCAACCGAGAAAUGGCAAUUAAUCAUCUCCAGGUUCCCAACACUCCGGCAACUUAUAAUUUGAUGAAAUGCAAUAAUUCGUGUGUCCGCGAAUUACCAAACUUGUGCUGGAUCUUCCCGAAGGCCUCCUACGCACACGGGUGCAUAGUAGUCAAUCUGAAGGCUUGAAAAAAGAAUCCUUAGGAGAGUACUCAGCAGUCACAAAUUCUGGAUACACGCCUCAGAGCUAAAGAGACGUAAUAACCUGAAGGAGGUCUAAUGAGAGCCUGAUGAAGCAUUAGCAGUCUCAGUCAAGUGCAAUCAGAACUAAUUUCACUGGUGUUACAUUACUUGUGUUGCGUAACUCUGAUGCGUGUUUGCAGAGGCUCAACACUGAUCGUCCUGGAACGAAGUGAUGCUGCACAAUGAGAGGACAAUGAACAAGUACAAUGCGACAUGAUCAGGUGGCAGCAUAACAGAAUAACUGCCACAAAAGAAUUCCACAUUUUCUCUUCCUUAAGAUCGAUAUAACGAUAACGCAGCGCUGGAGGAGGGCGGCGUCACGGUGUCCAGAACCGCUUUGUCACUCUAAUGUAUUACAUCCCAAAAUAUCUGCUGUGUUCGGGUGGUUAUCGUAUGUUGCACUUGACGUUAUUAUAAUGCUGUGAAUUCCAAGCCUGUCUAUCUAACUGGGUUGUGAAAUAGUGCUGUGCUGGAAUGAAAAUGUGGUAUGUUGUAUAUUAUCAUGUGGCGGUCUGCUGAUGUGAAACAGAUGUAUGCUGAAUAAAUAUAUACCAA